UUCCGGUGCCGAUUUGGCGGUUGCACCGUCCACAGGAAGUGGACUGUCAUUCUGGCUGUGUCCUUGCUAGCUAACGAGACAGUUAGCUGUAAUGUGCACCAUUUGGAGAGAUGAAUUGAACUGUGCCUGAAGAGUGAAUUUGAAGGAGUUUUGUGUUCAGCCGCUGUUAAGAACCGCACCAUGUUGCGUGUCGGGGGCAAAGCCGCCUGCACGGCCUGCAGGAGCCUGGUCUCCACCAGCAUGGGGGUGAGAUUUCCAGUACCACUGCAGAAGCUGCACCCUCUGUCCCGUGCCAUCCACCACCGUUUCUCGGGAAACGCCAACCCUCAGCGACCUCCCCAUCGUAUGGCAGCACGCUAUUUCACCUCCAUGUCACGGUUGCCAAUGCGACCGCCCAAGCCUCCCCGUGGGUCAGGGGGCCGUGGCUACCAGCAGCAGCGCAACUUCUGGAUGGUCCGCCUGGCUGCCCGGCUGCUGAAGCUACGAUACAUUCUGCUGGGCACAGCAGUGGGAGGGGGGUACACAGCUAAAAAGACAUAUGAGGAAUGGAAGGACAUGCUGCCUGAUUUAAGUGAAUACAACUGGGUCAUUCCUGAUUUUAUCUGGGAACUGAGUGAACAAAUUGAUCUUGAUAAAUUGGCCAAAGCUCUACCGGAGAUAGAAGAAAUAGCCAAAUUACUACCUGAUCUAGACAAGAUAGGAGAGAACUUCACUUUCCUCAAAAGCCUCCUGACGUCUGGUGUGAGUUUGGGUAGUGAAGUCAAAGGAGCUGGUCUGCAUCUGUUGUUAGAAACCUCAGGUGAUCCUCCUCUAAAAGCCACAGACUCUUCUUCUGCAGCCACACAAGACCCCAGUGACAAGCAAUACAAGAAGGGUCUGCUCGGCGAGCUCAUUCUUAUUCAGCAGCAGAUCCAGCGGCACGAGGAGGAGGUCCGGCGGGCCGCUGAAGCCGAUAGUGCGCGCCCCCCACCGCCAGAGCCCGCUCCCAGUCCGCCUCCGAACCCCAGCCCCCCUCAACAGAAGCGCAAGUCAACAGACAAAGAAAAGUUAGACCAGCUUCAAGAAGAAAUGCUGCGUACACAGCUAAAAUAUCAGCGUAUGCUGGAGAGACUGGAGAAGGAGAAUAAAGAGUUAAGGAAAGUGGUGCUGCAAAAAGACGAUAAGGGGAUUCACCAAAGGAAAGUGAAGAAAUCCCUUAUUGACCUGUAUUCUGAAGUUCUGGAUAUCUUGUCUGACUACGAUGCCAACUACAACACACAGGACCACCUACCCAGAGUGGUUGUGGUUGGGGAUCAGAGUGCUGGGAAGACCAGUGUGCUGGAGAUGAUCGCUCAGGCAAGGAUCUUUCCCCGGGGCUCGGGAGAGAUGAUGACACGAUCUCCUGUCAAGGUUACACUAAGCGAAGGCCCCCAUCAUGUGGCCAUGUUCAAGGACAGUGGCCGAGAGUUUGACCUCACUAAGGAGGAAGAUCUCGCUGCUCUGAGGCGUGAGAUUGAACUGAGGAUGAGGAAGAGUGUGAAGGAGGGACAGACAGUUAGCUCGGAGACAAUAUCGCUAAGUGUCAAGGGCCCCGGCAUCCAGAGGAUGGUGCUUGUUGACUUACCAGGCGUCAUCAGUACGGUGACAGCUGGCAUGGCAUCAGACACUAAGGAAACCAUCUUCAGCAUCAGCAAAGCCUACAUGCAGAACCCCAACGCAAUCAUCCUUUGUAUUCAGGAUGGCAGUGUGGAUGCAGAGCGCAGCAUUGUAACUGACUUGGUUAGCCAGAUGGACCCCCAAGGAAAAAGGACCAUCUUUGUCCUGACCAAAGUGGACUUGGCCGAGAAGAACCUGGCCAGUCCCAGCAGAAUCCAGCAAAUUGUGGAAGGAAAACUGUUCCCCAUGAAGGCCCUGGGCUACUUUGCUGUGGUGACAGGCAAAGGGAGCACUGGUGAAAGCAUAGACUCCAUUAAAGACUAUGAGGAGGACUUCUUCCAGAAUUCCCGGCUACUGAGAGAUGGCAUGCUGAAGGCCCACCAGGUGACCACAAAGAACCUGAGUCUGGCUGUUUCUGACUGCUUCUGGAAGAUGGUUAGAGAGUCUGUAGAGCAGCAGGCUGAUGUCUUCAAAGCGUCCCGUUUCAACCUGGAGACAGAAUGGAAGAACAACUACCCUCGACUGAGAGAGCUGGACAGGAAUGAACUGUUUGAAAAGGCAAAAAAUGAAAUCCUGGAUGAAGUCAUUAGUUUGAGUCAAGUGACCCCACAACACUGGGAGGCCAUCCUGCAGAAGAAACUGUGGGAACGUGUUUCCACCCAUGUAAUUGAGAACAUCUAUUUGCCUGCGGCCCAAACAAUGGACUCUGGUACCUUUAAUACAACAGUAGACAUCAAGCUUAAGCAGUGGACUGACAAACAGCUUCCACACAAAGCUCUGGAGGUUGCCUGGGAGACCCUGCAGGAGGAGUUUGCCCGCUUCAUGGCUGAAUACAAAGGCAAAGACCAGGACGACAUUUUUGACAAACUGAAGGAGGCUGUGAAGGACGAGAGCAUCAAAAGGCACAAGUGGAAUGAGAGGGCCAUGGACAGCCUGAGGGUAAUCCAGCACAAUGCCCUAGAAGAUCGUUCCAUCACAGACAAGCCUCAGUGGGAUGCAGCGAUCCAGUUCAUGGAAGAAACUCUGCAGUCACGCCUCAAAGACACUGACUCAGUAAUCAGAGACAUGGUGGGUCCAGACUGGAAGCAGAGGUGGCUGAACUGGAAGAAUCGCUCACCAGAUCAGCACAUUCGUAAUGAAACAAAAAAUGAGCUGGAACGUUUGUUGAAGCUGCACGAAGACCACACAGCAUACUUGGCCAAUGACGAGGUCACCACAGUGAGGAAGAACCUCGAAGGACGAGGGGUCGAAGUUGACCCUGUGCUGAUCAAGGACACGUGGCAUCAGCUCUAUCGCAGGCACUUCUUGCAGAAGGCUUUGUCUCACUGUAAUCUCUGCAAGAGAGGUUUUUACUACUACCAGAGACACUUUGUUGACUCUGAGCUGGAGUGCAAUGAUGUUGUUCUGUUCUGGCGGAUCCAGAGGAUGCUCGUCAUCACAGCCAACACUCUCCGACAGCAGCUCACCAACACUGAGGUGCGCCGGUUGGAGAAAAAUGUGAAGGAGGUACUGGAUGACUUCGGGGAAGACAUGGAGAGGAAGACCCAGCUCAUUACUGGCCGCCGAGUCCAGCUGGCCGAGGAUCUCAAGAAAGUUCGGGAGAUUCAGGAGAAACUUGAAGCCUUCAUAGAAGCUCUUCACAAGGAGAAAUAAGAGAACCAGAACUAUUUAAAGUAAAUGUUUGGAUCCCGACAGAGAAAUGCACUGAACAAAGACAAGAACAUGUGUAAAUGUCCGUCAGCCUCACCACUCACCUGAUUUGAAUGCCCCUGACUCGGCUUCCUGUUCCCACCUGGGCACUGAUGGAGAGAUGGACCUGAGCAGCUGGAUCAGAUAGAGGAAUAGUUAACAAGCUUUCUCUUUGAUUUUCCAUUUUUCUCUGUCUUUUCUCUUCCCCUCUCUGCUUGUGAGCUGUCCCACGUCACGAGGUGAACCUGUGCACCGGCGCCCAAAGCAAACACAGUAGAUCAGGAGGGAAACGAGAAGCUUGUGUUGAGUUUUCAAUAAGAGGAUUGUCUACAUGUUUAUCUCCCCACUUUUUUGAUUUUUUGUGAGAAUUUUUUUUUAUCUGAGCUGCGAUGUUUGUGUGUACACGAUCAUACCAGUGUAAGUAUUCACCGAUCUGUGUACCAUAAGCACACCACACUGGUCCCGACAGGUGAAAUAACCUUGAAUUUCAUACCUUUAUCUCACCUGGAGCUCAAAGUGUCAGAAUUUGGGUCUUUUCAGUUUUUCUUUAGUUGCACUUAGGAUCCAAAGCACUUAAAAUGUCCUCUAAGCUUCACCUGUAUUCUUCAUUCACUCUGCAUGUCACCCUAAAUGAAGAAUAGGAAGUAACUAACUGGUUCAAAAUUCAAUAUCCUCUCUGAUUAGCAAGAAUCAUCUCUGAAGGUGUUUGGAAACUUUAUUAUAUAAAGAUUUCAUUUAUUAGUUUUGAUCUAUUGGGGUUAUUUUGACAAAUUGUAUGUUUGUAUUUCUGCCAAAUACAUAUACACGUCUAUUUUUUGUUUUGUAUUCAGUCGGUCUAGUUUUGCAGGGUUGGAGGGUGCCUGUGUUUUUAAACUGUUCCAGGUUUCAUCUUAUUUGUUCAAUCACCUAUGUACCUGCACAGAGCACAGGCACCUGUACAUAUCCACUCUCGCUCCCCCUGUGUCCGUCUCUAAGAUCGUAUCCCUCUUGCUGCUUCAGGAAUAAAAUCAAGUGUAGAAAGAUUCUCCUCAAAGUCAUGAAAAAGGAAACAUAUAAUAUUCUGGCUGGUGAUUUUUAUCUGAAAAUAUAUGUUCCUUUGGUCAACUCACUGCUUCUUCCACCUGUCCCUGUCCUGAAGUUUCCCGAUCCUGUGCUUCUUCCUCGCUCGUAUCAUCAACCCUCCUCUUACUUCACAUCACCUCGCUCGUUGCUCCGCCUUCAUUUGGACCAGUACGACUCGUCCACCACCUGUGUAGAUUAAACUGUCAUAUCUUUGACUAAAAAGGGAUGAGAGAUUGUGGUAAUCCCAUCCAUCCACUCAUGUGUGUAUAUGGGUAUAUAUAUAUAUAUAUAUACAUAUAUUAUAUGCCGUACAUUGUGUACAGGUUAAGUUGAGGGGGAGUCGUGUACAGCACAUGUAUGUAGAGUGAACUUGUGUAACAGGAAAUCGGUGGGUUGGUUCAAAAACUGUUUUAUGUUGUAGAAAGUAAUGUUUGCAUGGUGUACCCCAUCAGAUGUGCUUUAUUUAUUGAAUCUGUGUUGAAGAGAAAAAUGAGAA